UUUACAAAUGUUCGUGAACUUGAAGAUUGCAUGAUUACCGUAUGACAAAUGUAUGUAUUCCCUUCCACAGAGUAUUUAAUGCUUUCCUACUAUCCACACAAUCAUUAUUACCACUAUUUUAUUUUUUAUGUUGUCUUUUGAGAGACAUAGCUAAAGCUAGUUUUGAUCGUGACUUCACUUCCAAUGCAUGGUUAUGGGCUGAAAAAUUCAUUGACAUCCACGGAUUGUUGAUUAAACAUGAGGUUGAGCAUAUCUCAACCCUUGAUUCAUUGAGAGGAACUUGUAAGUUAUCGUUGUUGCGAUGUAUUGUUAAAGCUUGUGAACAUAACGGAUUGGGUGACAUGAAAAUAACAAUUCGGGAUCCAACAGGGACUGUAAAAGCAAGUGUUCACCACAAGGCCAUUGAUCAUCCUGAAAUAGGCAUACACUUAAAAGUUGGAAGUGUGAUAAUCCUACAAGAUGUUUCAAUUUUUUCACCAAUACGUGAAACAUACUAUCUUAACAUAACUCUGAGGAAUAUUGUCAAGGUUUUUGGAAGUGAUAUUGGGGGCCCAACUGAUGACCUAGUACGUCUAUCAAUACCAACAAGCCUCCAACACGCUCCGUUGAUGACAUUCUAUCGAAAUUGAUUCCACCUCUUCACAAACCUCAAGGCACUGGAUGAAAGAAGAACAAUAUAAAUGGCCUAUGUUAAAACUUUCAUAAUUUCCUUGCCUGUAUUUCAGAUUUAUCGUUGUUGUUUGUUGUCGAAUAUUGUGCGUGGUCACAUGGAUGUGUUAUUUAGAAAAAUUUGUGAACUACUUAACUUAUGUUGAUCAAUUUGUUGUUGCAUUAAGUGCUUA